AUGGCUUCCCGUACCAUCCCCCGUGCCUUCCGCAUGGCCCGCGUGGCCGCCCCUCGCUCCGUCGUCGCUCCCGUCCGUGGAGUCAAGACCAUUGACUUCGCCGGUGUCAAGGAGGAUGUCUACGAGCGUGCCGAUUGGCCCCGUGAGAAGCUCCACGAGUUCUUCAAGAACGACACCCUGGCCCUCAUCGGCUACGGCUCCCAGGGUCACGGCCAGGGUCUCAACCUCCGUGACCAGGGUCUGAACGUGAUCGUGGGUGUCCGCAAGGAUGGAGCUUCCUGGAAGGAGGCCAUCCAGGAUGGCUGGGUUCCCGGCAAGAACCUGUUCGAUGUCAACUCUGCCAUCGAGAAGGGUACCAUCAUCAUGAACCUCCUCUCCGAUGCCGCCCAGUCGGAGACCUGGCCCGCCAUUAAGCCUCUCCUCACCAAGGGCAAGACUCUCUACUUCUCCCACGGCUUCUCUCCCGUCUUCAAGGACCUCACCAAGGUCGACGUUCCCACCGACAUUGACGUCAUUCUCGUUGCCCCCAAGGGCUCCGGCCGUACCGACGUCACCGGCCAGGCUAAGGAGAAGGCUAUUGCUAUGGGUGUUGCCGUCGGCUCCGGCUACCUCUACGAGACCACCUUUGAGAAGGAGGUCUACUCCGACCUCUACGGUGAGCGUGGCUGCCUGAUGGGCGGUAUCCACGGAAUGUUCCUCGCCCAGUACGAGGUUCUCCGCGAGCGUGGUCACUCCCCCUCCGAGGCCUUCAACGAGACUGUGGAGGAGGCUACUCAGUCCCUGUACCCCCUCAUUGGUAGCAAUGGUAUGGACUGGAUGUACGCUGCCUGCUCCACCACCGCCCGCCGCGGUGCCAUCGACUGGUCCAGCCGCUUCAAGGACAACCUGAAGCCCCUCUUCAACGAGCUCUACGACAGCGUCCGUGACGGCACUGAGACCCAGCGCUCUCUCGACUACAAUAGCCAGAAGGAUUACCGUGAGAAGUACGAGAAGGAGAUGCAGGAGAUCCGUGAUCUCGAGAUCUGGCGUGCUGGCAAGGCCGUCCGCUCUCUCCGCCCCGAGAACCAGAAGUAA